AUGCUGACCCGUCUACCCGUUGGUUCAGGGUUGGAGGCAGAAGAUUGCAUACGUAAUGCGCUGAGUGCGCUACGCCGACCGUAUUCCAAGAUGGUGACCACUUCCUCUCAAACGCUGAUGGAAGACACUAUAAGGCGAAAGAAGCUCUCGCACCAACUUCUCUCGAAGUUCACAACGAUUCACAUUUGCAUGCUCAUCACAAGGCAAUGGAAGGUAGCACCUCCAAAGAAACUCAUUUUAGGUAAUGAGCGGCCCCCCUCGCUAAAUUUGGUCAGAGUCUUCAUCGCAUCAGACGCAUUCAAAUCUAAGAUGCAACCGGCACGCCACCGAAUGGUGUAUGCUCUACUAAAAGACGAGCUUGCCAUGGAUGGCGGCAUUCACGCGCUACAACUACGUACUCGGACUGAGGAGGAAAAUGAGAAAGCUCAGGCGAAGGAGACUUCGUGA